AUGUCCGUUCCAGGGAUUCCAGACCAUGACGCCUUCUGGGGCGAUACGAACGACCAGAUGAAGGAAAAAACGAAAGCUUAUGCAGAAAGCGCCAUCAAGGCAAUGGAGAGACAAUUCCUCCUUGAGCAGUACUGGCACCCAUGGCGUCAAGACACUGCCUGCGAAAUUAAGUUCAACAUCAGGAUAUUCGAACUCAUGGGGGAUCACUGCGACUUACCCAAUGGGCCAACACCGAUUGACAACCCAAGAGACUUGUUGAUGUACUGGGAGAGCGCCCCAAAGCAUGAGUCACCGCAGAAGACGAACCGGCGCGUGAUUAUUAUCGAGGACUUGCAUCCUAGACUGGUAGAGCUACUGGGGGUUUUGCUGGAUAUACCCCCUGAGUUCUUCUUGGCUCAUUGUGAAGAGUUUGUUAGUCUGAGUGUUUCUGAUGCCUCAGGUGCUCCCCAAGGAAGCUCAGCAUAUUGGAAAGUUCCAGUGCCACGACGUUAUGAUGUACCACACAGAUGCAAUCAACCACUACUUAAGGGUAGAUACUACGCAAAGUUGGGAAACUUCAAUCGCGGAGCGAUGACAUUGACCCAGAAUACAAGAUCGAUCGAUCUGCCCAGCUUCGUUUCCUACUGGGGCAAGCCGUACGGGAAUGACUCUUGGACGUCUGUCAUUUUGGUUGAUCCCCACGAAUGCAGACUAGACUAUGCAGAGAGGAUGUCGCCAUCGAGUGUUAUCCUCGCGGACCCUUCGUAUCUUCGCGAUAUAACUCGGGAGUUUAGGUUGGGAUCUUCAUUCGACAAGAUGAUACGACAGUACCAACAGCGAAUUUUCGACACAGUUGUGGAGGCUUACGAAAAGCACGAAUUUGAGAUCAGUGAAGAUCCAUUUUCAGCUACUAUUUUUGCUCGCAACACCGUACGCUCUAUAUGGGAGGAGUUUGUCAUUCGCGAAGCAAUAAAUGUUCACGACAUUCAGUUCGAUGAUCAGCAACAACAGUCAAAAUACGCUUCGUUACUAGGGUCAACUUCACGGAACAGUCGCAACGUUCCGAGCUAUGAGAAAUAUCAAGAGCUGAUGGAGAUACGGCAAAGCAUUCGAGAAAAGAAAAGAGAUUUGCAGAACAUUAUGUGGAGUUUUCAAUGCAGAACAGAACAAGAGGAGGACUCCGAUUCAAUGGCACAAGGGGAACAUGAGUCAUGGGCUAUCCUGGAAGAGAAGUUGGAAGCCGCAGAAUCAACGCUCGGCGAUCACCUCGAAAUGUUUGCCCAGCGAUCGGCCCUGGUGCAGGCGGAAGCAGCUAACAGAAUGGCACGAAGUUCCGGACAGCUAACGAAAAUCGCGACAAUCAUUGUACCAUGCUCAUUUGUGGCGUCUAUCUUCUCUAUGGGUGGAAACUUUGCGGCUGGGGAGCCGCUUUUCUUUGUUUACUGGACCAUCUCGGUGCCUAUUACACUGAUCCUCCUGGCGUGGGUCUUUUCCAAUGACGAAGAUGCUAUUGACUUCUUCAAUGGGCGGAUAUUGCAUCCCGUCUUGGAGAUGUUUGGUAAGGCAGACAACAGUUCUCAGGAGAUUCAAAGAAGUAGCAAUGGUGAAGAAAAAGGGAACUGGUUUAAGCAACGUCAUCGUGAGCAGCGUCUUGAGGAGGGACAAAGCAGUUAA